GACGUAACUCUCGAUUUAUUUCCUACUCCAUUAUUUAUCUGAAGAUCUUUCUUUCGCUUAGUGUCCUCUAAGCCAAGGUUGUGUCGUCUGAACACAUGCAAUAUAUUGCUCUAAAUUAAUUCAGCUGAACCUUCGAAGCCCUUACGCUAUAUAGUUCCCCCAGCCGAAGUUGGGACUUCCACUAUGUCACCUUUUCUUUACCACUUCUCCUUGACCGGGUCCUCAUCCACAUCAUGCUGUGUGCAGACGUGAAGUUUGUGGUUUUUCUCUCGAACCACGAGGUAACAGCCGCAUCCUUUGCUGGUGGUGCUGUUUACCUAUCACCACCACCAUCAUCCUCGAACUUGAUAAAUAAUUGUGUCGAAGCCAAACACACGCAAUGUCAGUCCCGCUUAACUUCUUUAGCUCUAUGAUGCUUCAAGCCAGACGUCCCAUCCGACGAUAACAUGUCACUCAUACCACGCUGUUCGACGCUUUGCCGUCCGAGCUGCCUCUUUUCCUGUUUGAUCAAGCAUUAUUCAUCUCACCCAAAGACAGUUUCAUCAAAACUACAGAAGAAGAAGCUUUUCCGUGAAAUUUGCAAUCACAAAGAAUUGGUGGCCUUGUUGAAUGCUCGUCUAAGCCACUUGCAGGGAUCCAGUGAUGAAUUCCAUGUCCUUCGACCGGCACACCACGAUGGCAGUUUUGAGGACCGUUUGCAAGAGCUUCGUUAUUUUUACGAUAGUGCACCAAUUGGUUUUGAAAGAUCAGUGAGUGAGUGUCCACUUUCGGGCAUUACUCCUGAUUUUAUAAAAGAACUCGUGACAACACAGCAGAAACUGACAGAAAUCAGCAGUGAUGUGUGGCAUCAAGACUACAAAUCAUUCCACAAUCAAAUGAUGGCUGUCAUUAAGAAAUCAAAAGGGAAGAAGAAACAACCUGUUUCUUUAAAAACCACAAAACGAAACUUAAACUUAAAGGCAUCACGGAAAGGAAAAAAUGUUGCUGAUAAAUUACACAAACAAAAAGAACUGUACCAAACUGUUGUUCCUACAUUGGUCUCUCCUCUUGGGGAAUGGUCUGCCACUGAAGAAGAUCUUGCCUCUGGAAAGUUUUCUACCUCAGAAGAAGUUUCUGUCCCAGGAGGGGAUUUUGUCAAUGACUUGAAAAUUAUGCAUGAUGGUCAAUUUGUCAGUGAUGAAGAAGUCCUCCUAUCUGAAAGGAGUCAGGCACAUUUGUACAGUGACAUAGACACAGAGGAGGUUAACAGUUUUACAGACACUUCAAACCAGAUGGUUCCUGGUUCAGUAGAUCCUAAACCCUGCUCUACGCCAGAUGCUAAUUUGGAUUCACAAAAUGCCGUUACAACAGCAGCUGCUACUGUCAGUACUGCUAAUACCAAAGCCAAGACCAAAUCUCGAAGCAAAAAGCCACUCAUAAAUCUAAAAAAAAGUCGAAACUUAGAGAGAUGGCGGCAGAACCCGGUUGAAAUGAACUUGAUGUUCAAUAAUGACUUAGAGGCUUAUGUCAAUGCUUGUCUCUUCUCUGGAAUGGUGAACAAAGCUUUGGCCAUCAUCAAGUUCUAUAACUACCAACACAAGCACCGACCGGCUGAAGUUACACUGAAGAUCAUAAAACCAGAGAUUUAUAGCAACAUCAUGCAUGCACUGGCUAAACAGGGAAAUUUUGAUUCCAUCCAGGAGCUCUUUAAGAUGAUGAAGAUCCAUUUGAAACCAACCUUGCAGUGUUAUGCUGCUUGUCUUGAAUGCCUUGGCAGGAAAGAUUCUCCAGAUUUUCAGCUUGGGGAACAUAUUCUUCAGGAUUUAAAGAGAGACGGUUACUCUGCAUCACAGAUAUUUGACAGUUGUACAUUCAGGAGAGAUGAAAGACAAUAUGUAUUAAAGGCUCUGAAACUGAUCAGUCUUGAUUAUGAACCAUCUAGCAAAGAAAUCAAUAUGAAAUAUUCACGAAAUAUACUUCAAGACUUGAAUACUCCUCCACUCCUUGAUACGAUGAUUGAAAAGAAUCCUUAUCAUGGAGUAGUGGAUAACGACCAUCUGAAGAAACAGUUAUUGUUACAGCAUAAGCGGGAAUGUGAUGACCAUGUGGUGCUAAAGUCUGUUAUCAACCAAGAGAAAAGCCAGUCUUCAACUAAACCGGUUCUUGAGAAGCUGUUAAGUAAAUGGAAGGGAGAUCUGGAAGCUGGCUUCAAAAGGAAGAUUAAUAUCUAUGAAAACAAGAAAUAUGAGAAUUCUAUGACCCUCUAUCCUUACCUGAAACUGUUCCCUGUCAAAGACUAUGUGAACAUCAUGUUAAGAGAAGCUCAGCGUUUGGCUAGUGAUUCAGAGGCAUUCAGCCCUAGCCUCAAUUUCCUCUGGUUACGUAUGGGCAACAAGGUUUACUAUCGCUUUCUUAUUGAAGAUAAAAUCAACUCUUUGGUUUCCAAAAAGACUGUCCACUUAUACAAUGAGUAUAUUGAAAAAUACAAUGAAGAACAACCCGAAAUGGUCAAUCAUCGACUUAUUUGGUUGAAUCUGAUGAAGGAACACAGUGAUGGGCCAUCUUUGGAUGUUCCUCUCAAAACCUGGCCUCUUCAUGUGGUUAAAGGGGUCGGAAGGAUUCUGUUUGACAUAAUUCUAUAUGACUUACAUAUUGAGCUGAACCGAGACAAAGACAAAAGUAACAGUCAAAAACAUAUCCCAGCCUUUUACACAGUUUAUCGGAAUUACAGCUUCAUCACAAAGGAAGAAGUUAAGCCUCAUCCAAAAACAAUGAAAAUAUUCCAAACGAACAACACAUCAGAACUGGUGUUCGACACGGUAGCAUUGCCAAUGCUUGUACCACCUGUCCCGUGGAUAUCAGAAAACCUAGGAACCAAUCUGCUAGCCACUACUAAACUGGUCCGCCUGGCAGAUUCCAUGCAUUCUCAGAAUAAACUCAGCCAAGUCACCCAUAGUUCUUCUGAAGAACUGUCAGCUGUCUUUGAUGGUUUAAAUAUUCUCAGUGCUUGUCCUUGGACCAUUAAUAAACCUAUUCUGGACUUAAUUAUUAAAAUAUUCAACAACAAAGGUAACAAAAACCUAGAUAUUCCACCGCCAUCCUCAGAGUGUCCACCAUAUCCUAAAAUAACAAGUGAUAUGACAGUUCAGCAACGGUCACAAGCUCAGAGGUUGCGUAUAAAACUGAAGCAACAGAGUGCUGAGAUGUACAGUUUGUGGUGUAAUGAGCUUUAUAAACUCUCCAUUGCCAACCAUUUCCGAGAUGAAGUGUUCUGGUUUCCUCACAGUAUUGACUUCCGAGGACGAACAUAUCCUUGCCCUCCUCAUCUUAACCAUUUAGGCAGUGAUGUUUCUCGAAGUAUUCUCUGCUUUGCUAAAGGCCAAAAACUUGGUCCUCAUGGUUUAGACUGGUUGAAGAUUCACCUUGUUAAUCUCACAGGUUUUCAGAAAAGAGCAUCCAAUAAAGAGAGACUCCAGUUUGCUAACGACCAUUUGGAAGAUAUACUGGAUUCUGGGGACAAUCCAAUGGAGGGAUCAAAAUGGUGGCAGGCAUCAGACAACCCAUGGCAGACUCUGGCUUGUUGUAAGGAAAUAGCCAAAGCUAUUAGAUCUCCUAACCCAUCAGAAUUUAUUAGUCACUUACCGGUACAUCAGGAUGGAUCCUGUAAUGGUCUUCAACAUUAUGCUGCUCUUGGGCGUGACCAGGCUGGAGCUGAGUCAGUGAACCUCUGCCCAUUCAACCAUCCUAAAGAUGUCUACAGUGAUAUUUGUGAGCUGGUGGAGAAGGAGCGUCAGAAAGAUGCUGAAAAUGAUAUUGCGGUGGCCCAAAAGCUGGAAGGAUUUGUGAAGAGGAAAGUUAUCAAACAGACAAUCAUGACUACAGUGUAUGGUGUGACCAAGUAUGGUGCUAAACAUCAGAUCCUGAAACAACUGAAAGAUCUGCCGUCAUUCGACCAAGAUUACCUGUGGGCUGCCUGUAUAUACCUUACAGAUAAGACCUUCUACUGCCUUAAUGAAAUGUUCACAGCAGCCAGAGACAUUCAGAUAUGGCUGACACUGUGUGCCCACCAGAUUUCUACAGUUUGUCAACAACCAGUCAACUGGACAACUCCUCUUGGAUUGCCAGUUGUGCAGCCCUAUCACAAAAUUACUUCCAUGCAGCGUUGGGGUGUCUCGCAUAGCAAUCUGUCUUCAACUUUUGAAAAGCCAAACUCUGUGAAACAGAAGAAUGCAUUUCCUCCCAACUUCGUCCAUUCUUUAGACUCUACCCACAUGUUGCUGACAGCCCUGCACUGUAUCAGGUCAGGAAUAACAUAUGUAUCUGUUCAUGAUUGUUUUUGGACUCAUGCAUCAAGUGUUGAAAUAAUGAAUCAGAUAUGCCGUGAACAGUUUGUAGCACUGCACAAUGAACCAAUUCUAGAAGACCUCUCAAAACAUCUCAUUGACACCUACUGUUCCAAUGUAAGGAAACAACAGAUCCGUCAAGAAGACUUUAAUCAUCUGCUUUCCAUUUUCAGUAACGUCCCUCACAAAGGAGAAUUCCAACUUGAGAAAAUUCUGCAAUCUACUUAUUUCUUCAGCUGAACAUGGAAUUUUGAAGAUAGAUUCCUUAAACUGUUUUCUUCUAUGAAUAUUGGAAAUGGUGGAAGAUGCUGACAACCACUAAUCAAAAGCUCUGUAUUUAUGCACUCACUCACUCACACACACACACACACACACACACACACUGAUGUUUCUGUUUUGUAAAAAAAUGAAGUUUUUUCCAUUAUUUGGACUGCUGUGAUAUUUGAUAAAAUAUAUAAGAUACUAAACUAGAAUAAAAAAAAAAACCAGAUUCUUUUAUGAGAAUAAAAGAACAAAAAUUUUCAGUCUGGCUGUGAAUAAUAUUGUGGAAUAAAACAUAUUUUUGUGUUGAUGGGUGGAAGGUAGGGUAUAAAAGGGAUAAGGUUUGGAAGGGGUGCUGUAAUGAAACGAAAGAAGUUAGAUCCAGGAGAGAAAAAGAAUUAUCUGUUUGUGAUAUAAUUUCAACAUGGUAUGAUUGUUAAACAAAUACCGUGUGUGUGUGUGUGUGUUAGCAGUGCAUUAAGAUUCUUGUACAGGUGCUAUUUGGUAUUACAGCAGAGCAUGUCCUCUCGUAUGUGUGUGUGUGUGUGCAUAUGCACAGGUAAACAAGCAUGCAUAUACUCAUUCAUAUAUCACAGGUCUGCUAGUUCAGAACUGACUUAAUGAUAUCAAAGAACAUUCUACCACAUUAACCAACAUGGGGACUCUUUGCAGACUUUUACUCUGCUUGAAAUAAUAACCAAAUCUCACUAAUAUUGUGCUAUGCUACCUCGAAAAUUGAUGUAUACAUUGACUAAUGUGUCCUUAUAAAUCAGGGGUGGGCGAACUUUUUUGAUUGCGGGCCGCACAGUGCGUCUUUGGAACCUUGGUGGGCCUCAUUUAUAAAAAUCAAGUGAAAAUAUUUUUAAAGGCGGUUAUAGACCUAUAAACACACAAUUGAUUGAAAGGAAAUUUUGUGAAAUAUUCCUCUCGGCGGGCCACAUGAAAACCUAUCGCGGGCCGUAGUUCGCCCACCCCUGUUAUAAAUAGUAGACUCAGUGUGUCUAAAAAGAUGGGAUAAUUGUGGCUGGAAGUUUGUCAUCAAAGAUUUGCUUGCUUACAGCAAUGAGAAUGAUGACAUUGAUAAUGUGGAGAAUUUUCUGUUCUUGUAGGCAAAAUUAUGAAAAUAUUUUGUUUAUAUUUUAAACUUUAGAUUGGUCUCAGACUGAAAUAAUGAGUUAAAAACAGAAUUUUAUAAAAUGAAUGAAGGCAAUAUUUAAAAAAUUUUCUUUGUGUCAGCGAAAAGUACUGCAUUAAAUUCAAUGUCCAAUAUACACAUGGACAUGCACAAAAUGAAGCAGUGUGUGUGUUUGUGUGUAUAGAAACUGAAAAUUUCAUUAAAUUAGACAGCAGGGUAACUGAGACUAUGAAUGGUCAGUACAUAUAUGGUCAUUCAUAGGAAAAAGACUAAGAUUUCAGAGAAAAAGUGCAAGAAAAGAAGGGAAAUUUUUCUGUCUCAAUAAACACGAACUCUACAUUA